AUGGACGGAGGUUGGUUCUACGCCGUGGCAGUGGGGCGCUCCCCUGGCAUCUACCGCGACUGGCAGGAGGCCCGGCGUCAAGUGGAUGGCUAUUCAGGCGGCAAGUGGAAGAAGUUCGGCUCAAGCCGCGAGGCUGCAGACUACCUGCGACGCUUGGCCCCCAUGGGGAUGAUGGUGGACCCUGUGGGACGCAUGCGUCCGGAUGGCUCCUGGACGUGGGCGGCCUACCGCCGCGGGAUGUCCCUUUUCGAAGUCCCCGACCCCAAAAAGCCCGACUCGUUGGUGGCUUUCUGUGACGGUAGCGCCAUGGACAACGGCCAGUAUAAUUGCCACGCGGCCUACGCGUGCAUCUUCCCGCACAAUCGAAGCUGGGAUGUCGUUGAGACGGUGAAGGGGCCCUUUGCCACGAGCAACCGAGCCGAAUACUUGGCCGCACUGGAAGCGUUCAAGAGAGCGAAUAUUGAAGACCCCAAGUGUCAGAAGACAUUAAUGAUUUACACGGAUAGCGAAUUGCUCGUCAACUCGAUGGGCAAGUGGGUCAUCGACUGGAUGUACGACGGGUGGGUCACGUCGACGGGUACUCCCGUGAAGAAUCGAGAUUUGUUGCAGGCGUUGCUGGAGGCUCGAGGCAACAGCCGUGCUGUGAUGUACGAGCAUGUGAGGGCCCAUUCUAGUGACCAAGACUAA